AUGGACAGCAGUGCAAAGGUCCCUGUCAAGCUUGCGCGCGUGACCAAGGUCCUCGGCCGCACCGGCUCGCGUGGUGGUGUUAUCCAGUGCCGUGUCGAGUUUAUGGACGACAGCUCGCGCAGCAUCAUCCGUAACGUCAAGGGCCCUGUUCGUGAGAACGAUAUCCUUGCAUUGCUCGAGUCUGAGCGUGAGGCGCGCCGCCUCCGCUGA